AAUUAUAUAUUCUGUUCUGUUUUAUCUUUCCAUGAAAUUCCGAUUAGUUUAGUAAUUGUAUGGAGAGAAAAAAAAAGUUUGGUUUCGUAAAGUAGGUCAUACGAGACUUUGUUAAUUGCUAUCAACUUUUUGAUCUAAUCUUUGUUGUAAACUAAACUAAUUUGCAAGUGGGUUUCAAGUAGAAGAGGCGAAAAGAAGAGGAAAGAUUAGAUAAGCAAAUGGGAAAAAAUUGGAUUAAAGUAUUUAUGUGAAUAAUUUAUUGUUAGAACUAUGGGAAAGCUUGACUUAGGUGUGCUAUUGCGGACACUUGGUGGAGUCGUGUGCUUAAAUAAUCAUUUGGAUAACAUUGGAGCUUAUGACAUUAAGAGAAAUUUUUCUGUUCCUUUUGGAGUUUCUCGACUUUAUUACUUUAAGUAUGAUAAAUGGGUGGAGAGGAAGAAGAUUGACACGACUUUUUUAAUCCAAGUUUUUCUUUUUUUAUUGGGUUGGUAUACGGUACAACAAUUAUGCUUUUUCAACGUUGAAAGAACACAUCCAAGUUUAGGACAAGGUUUAGUAUUUCUUGUUAUGACGCAUGCAAGUGAAUGAAACAAAAAGGGAAAAAUGCAACCACAGCCAAUCAAUAUGAAUGGAAUGGUAGCCAACGCAAAGCCAAAUUUUUGGUAUGGUUUUAUGCAUAUACUUCACAGACAAGGUUUUUGAUGAAAUGCUUCAGAGAAAUAGAUGAAGCAGCGAUUUAGGUAAAUGAUGCAAACAACCUAAAUGGGUCCCUCCAACCCAAUAUUUUCAGUGCUUAAUGAGUCAUCAGAAGUCUAAUUAAAUUGGUUAUCAGAACUUAAAAAUUGUUACUUGAGAAUUUGCCUUUUUGUAAUAACUUUUACUACGUCAUUGGUUCAUAAGGUCAGGUGUUAUUGGCUGCUUGAGUUUAAUGCAUUAUGCUUCUGUAGUCUGGCGGUGAGAAUCCCAAAGGAAAAGUUCUCGCCUGAGAUUGACUUUUAUCACCAUUAAUCUUUUGUUUUAACUUUUGAAUUGUUUCACCCAUGACAUGAUUUCUCCUGUCACUUAUGAGCAUAUAUGUAUAUGACAAAUGUGCCUGCGCGUGUUUAUAUCCACAUUAGUUGCAUAUCAAGCACCAUAUAAAAGCACUAGAGCUGCACACUAAUAGGGUCAUUGUAAUAAUUUGUUUAAACCUUAUGCUCAUGUAAGCCUCCUAACAACUGUAGCUUUACUUUGCUAAAUUGGCCCACUUUUCCAACUUUAUCAUCCUAUAAAAACCCAUCAGUCCUCCUGCUCGUAUUCCUUGUCUUACCAUCAGUAAUCUGCUAGACAAACCCUCUGAAGCCACCACUAUCAAAAGAAUUCCAAAUAUGCUUCCUGGUGAAAUAUCUGGCAUCCAGUUUUUUCCGUCCGAAAACUCUUUUCAAAUUCCUUCAAACAUUGACAUGAUGCAGAAUAGCUUUCAAACUCUCCAUCAUUUCAAUGGCUUCUUAGGCAACCUCCCGAUGUCUCACGUCCCCCAUCCCAGCCAUGAAUUCCUUAAACAAUCCUCAAGUUUUAGCUACAACUCAACAUCUGAUGAUGCAGAGGAACAACAAAAGAGUAUUAUUGAUGAAAGAAAGCAGAGGAGAAUGAUUUCUAAUAGAGAAUCAGCUCGUAGAUCGCGGAUGAGAAAACAGAAGCACCUUGAUGAGCUUUGGUCUCAGGUACUUCGGCUUCGCACCGAGAACCAUAAACUGAUAGACAAGUUGAACCAUGUAUCUGAUAACCACGAAAAGGUUCUUUUGGAGAAUGCCAGGCUCAAGGAAGAAGCCUCCGAUCUUCGUCAGAUGCUCAGUGACCUGCAAAUUGGCAGCCCUUACACUCCUUGCUUGAGUAACCUCGAAGAUAUUCCCUGCAACACUGCACAUAUGAGAGCUGAAUCUUCAUCAUGCCAGUCCAUCGCCAACUCCAUAGAUAACCUACUCCAUUGAGGAUAAAUCUUUUAACUCUCUGAUAAGAACUUCUAGUUCUUUUUAUUUAGUUUUCUGAUUAGUCAUUAGUCUUUGCCUUGAGCUUGUAUGAGAUCAGUACUAGAAUAAGAUUGUUUCAAUUUUCAACCAUAGGUUGAAUCCGGAGUCUACUCAGUAUCUGUUAGAAUUGCAUUCAUGAAACAAAGUACUCUCUGCCCGCCGCAUAUACAUAAUGAAGCUGGAUGAGCCAAAGUACCUGAAAAUGAUUUAAUCAUUUUAGAUCAUGGAUGCCUGAAUCAUAACUUCAUAAUUUUCCUUUUAAAACCCCACCAGCUUACAUCAUUAAAGUUCCACCAAAGAGAGAAAUGGAUAAGAAACAGGAAACAAUAUAACAGAGGAAGUAAGAUUUAUGUCCAGUGAGCAAAGUCUAUGGUGGAAAAACAGCCAAAAUUCUGCACAAAAUAAGAGGGGCACAAUAGGACAAGCCAUGGUGGAGGGUGCUGGUGUUAGUGGCUCAUCAUUGAAAUGAAUACCAUAAGAGGCCAAACUUUUGAAAAUGGCGGCACUGUUAAUCAACCAUAAGGAAUUGUCUUGAUCAGAGGUGACGUUUCAGGUGGUGGCUGAACAGUAAAUAUCUUUUUUUUUUUUUUUUCAUUUUCCUUUUUUACAUUGACAAUUGCUGUUGCAUGAUCACAUCACCUUGCUCUCACCCUUUAUUUUAUUUCUCAACUACAAUGUUCUGUUGCCGCCGUAGUACGAUUAAACUCUCUCUACUUUACUGUCAUUUGCUGUCAAAUUUUUCUUUCCCUUUUGUCUGAUUUGGCAUCUUUCAGAAUCAAUUUUGGCUCCAAAUACUGAGAACAACUUGAGGGAUUUGGAUAGGGAAAUCCUAUCACAAUCUCCUUAUUCGUCCCCUCUAUACAACUUUCUUAAAUGAAGGUUUCUUCGUUACUGCUGCUAUGUGGAGGGUGAAACAGUAACCAGUUUUCUGCCAGAAGAUUGAAAUCGGAUCAUAUCCUAGACCAAAAUAGAUCUGAUUUUAAUGGAUAAGGAUUAAGGAUCCGACGUGAUGAUAAUAUUUGUUGACAUACACAUAUGAUAUACAGCCCAAUGACCGCGAAAUGAAACACAAGUUCUCAACUAUUGCUUUUGUGUAAACUGGAGUGCUCUUAUUUUUCCAAAUUACAGUUAUUGAUGUUGUAUUUGAAUUGUAUUGUUGGAUUGGAUCUUAGUAUUUUCUUUUGUAUUCCUUUGUCCCUUGUCAAUGAUAGCUUGUCCUCGUAUUUGGUCUUUGCUUA